UUAUCCACAGAAAACAGAUGUUAUGAAUUCAUUUGAUAGGGUAAAUUAGGGAUUCUUAAUUGUAUGUUGUGAUGAAUGUUAUGGGGUUCUCUGCUCAAUUAGUUGGAUGGAUAAGGACCUGCUUGGAGAGUGCUUCAUUUUCGGUUAGUUUCAACAGAAAGAUUUUCGGUUUUGAUUUUCAAAGGGGUGGUUUCAGGUUUUCGGGUACAUUGGGUUUUGUUUGUACCCUCCAGCUCGAGGUAUGAACAAUGAUAUUUGUUGGUGUGGGGUUCGACUCACGAUCUGUUCGUUUGAUCUCGUCGGGAGGGAAGAAACCUGUGAAAGAGCCGGGGAUGCCCCGAGGAUUAAGCUCCAACGAAUCAAGUUAGUUUCUGUUUAGCAUGAGAGUUGAGAGAACAAGGUAGAGAGAUAAAGUGUAGAUAGAUAGUGGAAAGUGAGGAGAGAAAAGAAGUCCCCUCCCUUGGAGGGUUUCAUACCUUUAUACACUAGUAGCGGGUUUCGAGCGUCAUACGUUAUCGAUUGGACGCGCUAUUACUUAGUCUGUGCGCGGAGUAUCUUAGUAACACCCCCCAACAAUUGCCCCCCCCCCCCCAAGCUGGUGGUGAGUUUUAACUCAUCGCUAGCUUUUUUUUAUUUAAAUCUUCAUCGAUAAUUUUGGAUGGAGCCCUAUGUACCCCAGUUGCCCCCCAGCUGGUGGCGCGUUUGGCUGUCACGGUGCCAACAUCCUGCGUCAUGCCCCCCAGUUGGUGUAUUUCAUUAAGCCGUUGAGCACUCUUCUAUUGGAAUCUCCAAGGCGCUGAGCAAUUGCUUGUUGAAAAUUUUUCAAGGUAUUGAGCACUCUCCUAUUGGAGUUCUUCACGCACACACAAGUGUGCCCUCUUUCAUUGGUGCGCUUGUGAUAGCCGCACAAUUACGUUACGGGGUUACCGCGCACGUUUAGUGCCCUUUAUUGGAGAUAGAGGUAGUUGAACACUCUCAUAUUGUAGAUUUACCAAUGCUCUUAUCGAAGUCUUAUUUGUGUGCUUUCAGUCGAGUCUUACAUGAAUGGAGGUAGUCGAACGCUCCCAUAUUUGUAGAUUCUCCAAUGCUCUUAUUGAAGUCUUAUUUGUGUGCUUUAGUCGAGUCUUACAUGAAUGUAGGUAGUCGAGCGCUCCCAUAUUUGUAGAUUCACUAAUGCUCUUAUCGAAGUCUUAUUUGUGUGCUUCAUUCGAGUCUUACAUGAAUGGAGGUAGUCGAGCGCUCCCAUAUUUUAGAUUCACUAAGGCGUUGUGCGCUCUCCUCGUCUGGGUUUAUGUACCCUCAGUUUGGAGUCUUCAAGGUGUCGAGUGCUUGGUGAGGGCAUGGCAUUGACUAGUCGAGGCACGGGCCGUGAUUAUUAGCCCUCACCCAUUGUAGAUUCUUCAUGGAGUCUUCAAGGCGUCGAGCGUUUGGUGAGGGCAUAACAUUGACUAGUCGAGGCACGGGCCGUGAUUAUUAGCCCUCACCCAUUGUAGAUUCUUCAUGGCAUUUACUAGUCGAGGCGCGGGCCGUGAUCAUAUGUCGCUUGAUUGAGUUUUUCAUCUCCCAUGUAAUUUGGUAUGUCUUUGCCCCCAAUAGGGUUCAUGAGAAUCCAAUAUUUAAAAUCAAAGUAAAAAAUUUAGAGAGAUAGAGUACUUAACUUUAUUUUGGCGAAGCGGCAGGAAGAGUAUUAAAAUAAGAACUUUGCGCCUAUGAAUCACAAUGUGGGUAAGUAGUCUGCUGGUCAGGUUGCUUGUCUGAUUAUGGACUUGACUUGGGUUCAAUUUCUGGCGCCGACAACAUAUAUUUUUGAUGCAAAGUGGAGCAAGGAUGGACCGCGAGUUGGGCCGCCUGCAGCGCGGGCCGUGAGUUUGGCAUUGCGGAUGGAACUUGGUGGGCGGCCAAACUGGGCAGGUCGCGGUGGGCCUGAGCGGGCUCUGUGUGAGGCGGCACUCAGAAGGAGGAGUGGGACAGUUAAGCGGGCGGGCUUAUGUGGAGCGGGCUAGAGAGGCGGAUUUAUGAGACUAACAGGCCCAACUAACACUGUGUGAGACGAGGAUAAAGGUGAGUCGGAACCAUAAGACGCUCGACGCACCUGGACGUUGAAGGCGGGCUGAGAGUUCAAGUUGGGCGGAACAAAGCUUAUUUAUAUCGAAGAGUGUAGCAUACGGGUCUGUGUGCUUUCAUUCUGUAGCCAUGGCACAGUUUCGAAUCCGUGCGUGAGCAUUGCAUUUUUUAUUAUUUGUUGAAGCUCUUUAGCGUGGUGGCCCAUAAAUGAAGAGGGUCGCGAGUUGAUGAUUGGCCCACUUGACUAGUUGGUGAACGGACUGUUGGGAAUGGGCUGCAAGAAUGAAGGUGGCCCAUGUGGAGUGCGUCGCCUGUCGAAAGUGGUGCAGGUUGUGUUUUAAAUUCGAACAUUAGAUGUUUGUGGCGGAGUAAACUCUUCAUAACAGUGCGUCGCACUUUGAGACAUGAACGUGAUGCUCCCGUCCCCUGGUCAGCGAUCUAGUCUUUUGAUCCUUGAAUGAACGCGGGUUCGAAUCUUGGUGAAGGCAGUCUUUUUCGAGUUGCUUCACAAGAUAACAAGGCCUGGUGGAGGUAAGCACGCGGGCUGCGAGCUAGCGAUGCGAAGGCUUAUGGAGGCCAGAUUGGAUGCCCCCGAAGUCUCGAGGCGGCUCAAUUGAGCGCGGGCUGGAUGGAUGUUAGCCCAAUUGGCGGUACGGGAGGGGCUUCAAUGACCCGAGCAUUGACUACGAGUUGGUGUGUGGGGCGAACCUCAUGAGACGCAGUUUGCGGCGCGAGCCCAUGUAGAGCAGCAGAAUUAAAGCACACUUUCCAGCCUGGCAUCCACUUACGUAGAAUUUUGUCUCGAUUUUCGUGCCUUUCUUUUUUUGACAUAGGGAGAAAGUAGUUGUAACCCCCUUUUUUUGUGGGAAGAAGUCAUAACUAUGUGACAAUUCGCUAUGAUGGAGACUGCAGUGCUUCUUUUCCUGAUCGGAGCUCCGACGCCAAAUUUGUCUCCUGCAGUCAUUUCUUUUUUCUUUUCUUCUUCUUGUUCUUCAGUUGUUGUUAAACUUUUUUUUUUUUUUGCUUAGUGUUGCCGUCGGUAGGUGGGAAGAAGGCCGAUUUCCCUCUCCCUAGUGCCCGACCUGUGUUCGCCUGAGUUACUUGUCACCGCUGCUCGUAGUAGUGACGGGAGCCGAUCUUCCUCCCAGCGUUUCUCUGUAUCCUGGCGGGUUCUUCCUUGGGAGCUUUUUUUUGGUUUUCUUCGCUUCUAAAGCAAACCCGAAAUCACAGGGUUGUUAUGGACAAAGUUCUCUAUCUGCUUUCCGCUGGGUGUUGCUCCUUUCUCUUUUCUUUUUUAGUGCAAAUCCUUUUCACAAAUUUCUUCCUCCUCCCGAAAUCAGACAACAUGAUCUUCUCGUCUUAGCCCCACGGUGGGCGCCAAUUGUUUGUACCCUCUAGCUCGAGGUAUGAACAAUGAUAUUUGUUGGUGUGGGGUUAGACUCACGAUCCGUUCGUCUGAUCUCGUCGGGAAGGAAGAAACCUGUGAAAGAGCUGGGGAUGCCCCCAGAUUAAGCUCUGACGAAUCAAGUUAGUUUCUGUUUAGCAUGAGAGUUAAGAGAACAAGGUAGAGAGAUAAAGUGUAGAAAGAUAGUGGAAAGUGAGGAGAGAAGAAGUCCCCUCCCUUGGAGGGUUUCAUACCUUUAUAUACUCGUAGCGGGUUUCGAGCGUCAUACGUUAUCGAUUGGACGCGCUAUUACUUAGUCUGUGCGCUGAGUAUCUUCGUAACACCCCCAACAGGUUUUGGUUCAAUUACCCAAACGGCCAAACCCGACCCAAGAUGACACCCUAUCAAAUUCCAAUAACUAGAGUUUUUUGGAAGAAAUUCAAUUAUUGAUC